GAGCAGCGGCGAAAGUGCCCGGCGGUGUCGGCGGCGGCCCAAGCGCAAGAGCUGCGGAGGAGCUUGGCGGCGGCGGCCCAAGCGCAAGAGCUGCGGAGGAGCUUGGCGGCUCGGCGGGUGCCGCUCGCUUCGCCCCAUGAGUCGAGCCGGGGCUGCUGCUGCUGCUGCUGCUGCGGCACCGCGGAGGCGGGAGGCUGGGCUGCUGCUCCCCGCGCCGGAGGAGUCGCCAAUGUGACCUGUCGCGGCUGCACCACGGACGCGCCUCCUGCGCCUCGCCUGCUGCCCGCCCGCCAGCCAGCGCCCCUCGCGAGCCACCCGGCGAGUCCGCAGGCAGCCAGCGAGCCACGGAGGGAGCCGGCCAGGACAGAAAAAUGACCACCUUCUCCACUGUUGGCAUUCUCCUCCUCUUCGUGGUUGGAUAUGGCUCCUCUGAGAACUCCAGCACCUCCAGAGGAUGUGGACUGGAUCUCCUUCCUCAGUACAUUUACCUGUGCGACCUGGAUGCCAUCUGGGGGAUCGUCGUGGAGGCGGUGGCAGGAGCGGGCGUGUUGACGACACUGCUCCUGAUGCUGAUCUUGCUGGUGAGGCUGCCGUUCAUCAAGGAGAAAGAGAAGAAGAGUCCCUUGGGAGUGCAUUUCCUCUUCCUUUUGGGGACCUUGGGACUUUUCGGCUUGGCCUUUGCCUUCAUCAUCGAGGAAGACGAGACCAUCUGCUCGGUCCGCCGCUUUCUGUGGGGGGUCCUUUUUGCGCUCUGCUUCUCCUGCUUGCUCGCCCAAGCUUGGAGGCUUCGGAGACUCGUCCGGCAUGGCAAAAGCCCCUCCGGGUGGCAGCUGGCCGGCAUAGCCGUCUGCCUGGCCUUGGUCCAAGUCAUCAUUGCCACGGAAUGGUUGGUCCUGACCGUGGUGCGGGACGGCAAGCUGGCGUGCCGUUACGAGCCGAUGGAUUUCGCCAUGGCUUCCAUCUACGUCAUGGUUUUGAUGGUGGCGGCUCUGGGCUUCUCUUUCUUCACGGUGUGCGGGAAGUUCAAGAAGUGGAAGAAGAAUGGCGUGUGCCUCAUCAUCGCCAGCUUUUUCUCCAUCCUCAUUUGGGUGGCUUGGCUGACUAUGUACCUGUACGGGAACGAAGAACUGAGGAGGAGGGACCAGUGGAGGGACCCUACCCUUGCCAUCGCGCUGGUGUCCAGUGGUUGGGUAUUUGUGAUCUUUCAUGCCAUCCCAGAGGUUCAUUGCUCCAUCCUCCCAUCCCAGCAAGAGAACACGCCCAACUAUUUUGAUACGACGCAACCACGCAUGCGCGAGACUGCUUUUGAGGAUGACCUACAGCUUCCUCGGAGUUACAUGGAAAAUAAAGCCUUUUCGAUGGACGAACACAACGCAGCUUUACGGACUGCCGGAUUUCGCAAUGGCAGCUUGGGAAGCCGUCCUAGCGCCCCCUUUCGAAGCAACGUCUACCAGCCCACUGAGAUGGCGGUUGUUCUGAACGGUGGGACUAUUCCAACUGCUCCACCGAGUUACACUGGAAGACACCUAUGGUGAAAAAAAAAAAGCUGAUAGGCUGUAGAGGAUGAGAGAGAGAGAAAGAAUCCAUUAACAGAUUUUGUUCCCUGGCAGUGUGUGUGUCUUUUCCGAGGGAGAGGAGUCAAUAAUGCUAGCAAAAGGACCCAUGAGCGCAGAAAACCCAUCCAACAGCAUGGGAGGUCCGAUAGCUUGUUUUUUAAAAAAUAAAUAAAUAAAACGUGAGCACUGUUGAAUUGAUAAGCUAAUCACACACACACACACAAACAAAAAACCUGUGCAGUGAAAUAUAAGCUGAAGAUAAUGUAAACCUAGAAGUAGGCACACUCUUUUAAAAAUAUAAAAGGGAGAAAGGGGAUACAGUGCAAGAGAGAGCGCUCCGCCGGAGCUGGCGCGGGAGCCAAACCUAGUCUUUGUGGGCCUGCCCGUUGCUUUGAAAAGAACAGAAUGAAAUAAAGUAAAUGUCCUUAAUCCAUAUUGCCACAAGAGAUUGCCUCCCACCCACCCACCCACACAUCCCGUGGGCGGUCUUUCAAUUUCGUCUUUUUGAAACAAGCCACGGUCACGGAAAGAAAUAAUAUCACGUCAUGCUAUCGUUCAUCUAGAAUUGGUUUUUUUAACUCUUCCUCGUGGGACCUUUUACCGCUAACUUAACUCCGCAAAGCAAAGACGCGUGAGGUUUGUCUUCACACACGAAACGCCCAUUGGGUUUCUAAAGUGAGCUUUACAAGGGCGAGGGAACGAAGGGAUCCCAUCAGAUGCUUUAAACUGAAGUUGACCGAUUUACACUGCCCGCUUUUAAAUACCGAAAUAAGAAGAAGAAGAGCCCACAAUAGCCUUUAGCCAUGACCGCUGGUCAAUUUCCUUUCCUCUGGGAAGCAUCCUAGGACAUUGCAUCGUGGUGGUGGGGGGCAGUUUUUGCUCCGCCUCUUUUGCACGCCCGGUGGUGCCAAAAGUACUCCGAAGAGGGGGCGGAGCUUGCUGUCAAAUUGUAAGGCAGGGAAAGACCCAGACGGAGGCAGGGUAGUUCAUGAGUGUGCUCGAGCCACGGAAAAUGGCGCAUGUGCGCUAGCUCAAAUCCCAGAAGUGUACUGUCUGUUUCACACAGAACCUAUCCUCCCUCCAGUCCCAUGGAUUGCAGGUGUAAGGUGUAUCUUGAAAAGUUGAGGCGACUCUUCAUGGAAGACACCUGCAGCGUUAGAUCCCCUUUCCUUGAUUCCCAGUUUAACAGUGAAGCCUCUUUAACUGCAAUGGUUUGUGCAUUUUCUUGCAAUUUCUUGUGCGUUCUUUUUUGGAGGAUUUUUUUUAUUAAAAAAAAAUAGAUUAUUUUUCACAUGGGUAUUGGAAAUGAAAUUCCCCUCCCCACCCUCAAGGUCUCCAUGUUCCUGCUGCCUUUUCAUAUUUCUAUGAUUUUAAUGAUGCUCGGUAAAGCCUUCUUUUAUUGUUUAGCAUUGAAUGCAUUCUGGGCAUGUGAAACGUCAUCACACCCCCUGUGCUGGCCAGCAUCACGCUCUGCUUUCCUAGAGACUAAAAUCCAUUGAAGUUUGCUUUUGUGUGUGUACACACACACACACAUAUGAGAUUACAAAGUAUGUCGAAGAAUGGAAUUCUUUUGCAUCUGUUCUAAUAAGUAUAUUCUAUUUUCAAAUGGCAAAUAAAAUUUAUACUGUAAAAAUAAAACUACAUAACGCAGGCUACCUGCUGUACCCUGCAAAGGAAAGAUGACUGAUUUUGUUUUGGGAAGUCUCUCCGGUUUUUCAUGUUCCUGACUUUUAUUCUACUGUAUACCUGAUUUUUGCCUAGUUCUCACUGACGUAACCAGCCUGUUGUCUGGGCAGCUCACUUGAUUGAAAACCCUUAUAUGCAGUACCCUUGCACAUAGAAAAGCAGGUUGUCAGGGGAAGGUGUACUUGCCAAACCUUCUCCUUGACACGCUAGGUUUCUAUGUGCAGGGAGUUUCAUUAUUAUUUUUUUGUUAUGAAGGGCAAUUCCGUCUUGUGUUACACUGGAUCUGGUGCUGUUCUUAGAUUCUCAGGUGGAGGAGGUGGUAGUAGACAGGCGUGCUCUUAUUCUGUUGCAGCCGCUGCACCCAUUCUUCGAGAAUUUAGGGGGACACAACAGGCUGUCUGGCCCACAGUUCUCUCCUCAAACGCCUUGCUGCCACCUCCCACCACCUGCCACCAGAGGCCACCUGCCUCACUCUGCCCAACGGCAGGACCACCCCUAUCCCUUCACUUGUGGCAGCUUCUCCUAACCUGGGGCCCUUCAGAUGUGCUGCCUGCAACCCCCAUAAUCUCCAGACUGGGAAGGAUUAUUUAUGGUCUUCCACUACCAGGUGAAGGCUCCCCCACAAGUUUAGGGAAAUCUUUGGCUUGCUUUUCUUUUCUUUUUCAGUCUCACUGGUGUAGGGGUUGUUGUUGUUUUGGAGAGGGGGUGAUGUUGUUCUGCUCUUCAAUUUGAUUGUAUUACAUUUUGAUUUUAGCCUAGCUUCUCUGUAUUCAUUUUUUAAAAACUUGUAUGUCACUUUGAGCGUUCCAGGCAGAGUGGAAAGGAGGGUCCAGAAGGUCCCCAAAUAAACAUUGAGAUGCCCCCAUCCUCUCUAAAAUAGAGCGGCUCAGACACAAUACUCCUGUCACCUCAAUGAGAACUAGGCCCUUACUUCUGCAAAUAGCCUCACUGACUGCAGCUGGUCUACUUAGUAAAAAAACAAAUGGGCACAAGUUUAAUCAUACCAUACUUCUUUAUUGCGAUCCAUAGAUCCAUAAAGAAAAACCAAGAUUUUUUUUUUUUUUAAUGGAUCUAUGGAUCGCAAUAAAGAAGUAUGGUAUGGCACAAGUUUAAUUUGUAUGGGAUACACUCUUAAGUGGUCUUGCUGUUUUGAAUUUGCAUUGCUGUUAUUGCCAUGAUCAUCUUAGCAAUGUUUUUUUUAAAAAAAAAAAUCUCAAGUAGAUAGUAGCAAUAAUUUUUUCCCAUUGUGCACGAUCAAACGAACAUGGUUGUUUUCACACGACGUGACCCUGCUCAAGAGAAAAGAGCCACAUCAGUGCAUUUACAAAAUUUAGAAAUAGUAAUUUGACAUGAGCUGAUGAGAGACGUUGAUCAUCUAAACGUAUAGAAAGGAGGACGUUGCACGUUGCCUGGUAUCCUAGAAACCUCUGUUUAAGAUAAGGCCUUGAACAAAAUAUAAUGCUGUAUUUUUCAUUGUGAUCAAAUAGGUUGGGUAUCCCCAGGAAAUGCACUAUUUUAGCAUUACAGGGGGGAGGAAAGAACUUUAGUGGGUGCUUUCCUGUAUGUGUGCGUGCGGGUGAUUAUUAUUAUUAUUAUUAUUAUUAUUAUUAUUAUUAUUAUUAUUUAAAAGGCAAACAUGCUUUUGAAAAUGGGUUUCUGAAACUUUUGCUUUUAAAUUCCUUAAGAUGAACAUGGCAUAUAUUGCAAGAAAAUGUUCAUUUCCCAGCUGAGUUUUUGAUGGUAUCUUUUAAGACUGGGGGUGUAGAACCUCAGGCCCGGGGGCCAAAUCCAGCCCACUGGAGGGGUCCCUAGAAGGCCCCACCCCCUGCCCGCCAACCACCGAUCGUUUGGGGGGGUCACAAGUCUUGUGCAGCCCCCCCAUUCUAAAACAUCAAUAUCCCUCCCCUAAGGCUUAGUUAUCACCAGUAAGAGCUUUAAGUUAAACUACGCUUGUAUCUUUGGUAUUCUGGCUCCUCCCCUUCUGCCUUCAGAAACUGAAUUCGUCCCUUGGGCUGAAAGAGGUUCUGCACCCGUUUUAUUAGCGGUGGGGGGGGAAGGGGUCUAUUUUUUAAUUUAGGGAAAGGACUUUAAAAGGGGGGGCAGCUUCCAGAAGAUGUUCAAUUUUUUAUUAUUAUUUUUCUCUUAGACAAGAAGGGAUUUAGGAGUCCUGCUCCCUAUUAUGUCUAUGGCCGUUCGGGAUCUUAAAGACAGGGCUGGAUCCUGCAAACACAGGACUUCCCUUAACCACUCACGUAAACCCAGCCCAUACUUCGUAGUGGUGGGAGGUGUGCUGAUUAAGCUAUAAAAAAGGGAUUGAUUCAUUCCUCCAGCAACUUCGUUUUCAAAUGAAUUUACUUUUUUCUUCUUCUGUGUGUGUGUGUGUGUGUGUGUGUGGUCAGUCCAUGAUCUGUGAUUUCUGGUGCCGCCACUGCCAUCUCCUCCACCCCACCCCAGCUCCAAACCAUGCGUUCUCUGCGAUUUUAAAAAAGGCACUUUUGUGUUAAGUUAUAUACCAUUUUUGUUAACGUCACAAAGCUUGUUUAUACGUUUGCCUUUCGAUGAGAGUGAUUACGAAUGUAGAGCAUCUAGUGCUGAGCAAGGUAAUGCCACAACAAUAAGCACAAGCAUUUCGGAAUUUGGUUUCACUGUAACUCAAUUUGGGAAGCAUAAAAGCGACUUCAUCGUUGCCAAUUCAUAACACCGCUUGAAUAGGAAGGGGAAACGGCGACGGCAGCCAGCCAGUGGUCUAGGGACCAUAGUCCAUUGCUACGCGCAAAGCUCCUUUGUUUGUUUUCAAUAAUGCUUGUUUUAAGAGUAUCACUGAAUGGAGCGUGUCCACUGAUUCAUUGCAACCUGCACUCCCUUGAAGGCGGUAGUAGAAUCUCCAGGAUCUAGAAGUGAGUUGGGCCCGGUAGGAGCGUUCCAGUCAGCCGAAAGCACGCUUGAGUCCUGCUCUUCUUGGCAUGGCAAGUGUCCUUGAUGUCCUGCGAAGUGUCUGCCCGUUUGCCUGGCCAGAGUGGCUCCGACAGGCACACUCGGUCUCCUUCUUGGGAAGCAGGGCUGUCAGAUCGGAGCCCAAUGGGAGUUCUUGGAUUGAAGCCAUGGGCCCUGAGCCAUAGAGGUGUGCUGGUGGCAUACCGCCCAUCUUCCAUUCAGCAGUGUGGGGGGGCAUGGAACAAGCAUACCCCCUGGACGUGGGGUUCAGCCCUAUGCAAUGGCCCUUUCGUAAGCCAGAUCCAGGAGUUCAAAAUGGUUUCCCUGCUAGCCUUCCUCUUGCAGGAUUUGUGGCCAAGGUUGCCAAGGACCUGGAUGUCCCUGGCAAUAGUCUAAGAAUGGGACUGCAUCCUCAAACGGGUCUACCACCUUGCAGGAUGCAGCCCGCAUCACAACUACGCAUUCAGAUUCUAAAUGUGUCUGCAAUGGCAGGACAGCCACCCUGCCUGGCUAACUCCAUGUUUGAAGCUACAGUUCUAACCAAAGGCAGUGCAACCGGAAGCAUAUGUAGCUUUUGUUAAAAAUAAAUAAAAAAAAGGAGAACAGAUUGGAUUAUUCUACCAUUUUACCAGAUUACACAGCAGGUGCUUUUUAUUAACUGACGAGAGCUAAGUCUCUUCUUUUCUUUUUAAAAAUUAUAUAUUAAAUGUAUUAAUGUGUGUUUUUAUAAUGUGUCCCUUCUCCCCACCCCACCCCACCCCACCCCAGCUGACCGUUGCAUACCGUUUAAUCUUGUACAUCUUUUUGGAGGCUUUUCAAGACAAUCAAUGUGUACCAUAGUGACUGUACAUAAGGAGACGAAAUUAAAAACAAAAACCAAGUUGUAAAGCAUGGGCGAAAAAAUACAUUUUAUUUUCAAAAUGCUGUUCUUAACAAAACAAAAAUAAAAAAGAAUAAAAAAUAAAGGCUUUACUAUUUACUUACAA